AUGUAUAUCAAGCAGAUGACCAUACAAGGUUUCAAGAGCUACAAGAACCAAACUGUUGUUGAUCCAUUCUCGCCAAAGGUUAACGUGAUAGUUGGUCGCAAUGGCUCAGGCAAGAGCAACUUCUUCGCUGCUAUCCGGUUCGUUCUCGGUGACGCCUACAGCCAUGGCCUUAGUCGUGAAGAGCGACAAGGUCUUAUCCACGAAGGCUCGGGCUCUUCAGUCAUGUCCGCAUACGUCGAGAUUGUGUUUGACAAUUCCAAAGACCGUUUUCGCACUGGUAAUCCGGAGCUAGUGCUGCGACGCACGAUUGGUCUGAAGAAGGACGAAUAUUCGCUCGAUCGCAAAAACGCUACACGAUCUGACGUGAUGAACCUGCUAGAGAGCGCUGGCUUCUCUAGAGCAAACCCAUACUAUAUCGUCCCACAAGGUCGAGUCACGAGGAUCACGAAUAUGAAGGACUCUGAACGAUUGGAUUUGCUCAAGAGUGUGGCAGGUACUCAUGUCUUCACCAACAAGAAGGAAGAAUCACAAAAGAUUAUGAAUGAGACGAACAACAAGCUGGGCGCAAUUGACACAACCUUCGAACAGAUCAACGAGCGCCUGAAGGAGCUGGAAGAUGAACAAGCUGAGUUGCGCAACUUCCAGGAACAAGAUGCUGAAAAGAAGGCCAUUGAGUACGUUAUUGAGCAACGAGAUCUUGAGGAGACCAACCAAGGUCUGCAAGAGCUCGAGGACAAGCGCUCCGAUCGAAUCGGCAACGUCGAUGCCAGACGUCAAGCUUAUUCUGAGAGCGAAGACAAUAUCGCGCGUAUUGACCAGCAACUGGAAGAGUUAAAGCAGAAUCUGCAAGCUGCACGGGUCGAGAAGAGGCAGCUGGAAGAAGACCGUAAGGAGCGUGCAAGAGCUAGAGCACAAGCCGAAUUGGAUGUCAGAAAUCUAUCAGCUGGUCAGACUGCAGCCCAACGGAGUAAGCAGCAUCGCGACGAAACUCUAGAGCAAGUGCGAGCUCAAAUUGCUGAGAUCGAGGAAGAACUCAACAACGACGUCUUGCCUGAGUUUCAGCAAGCCUCACAAAAAGCACAGGCAACCAAAACGCGUCUUGAUGAUGCGGAGACAAAGCAGCGAAGACUGUAUGACAAGCAAGGCAGAAACGCUAGAUUUCGCUCGAAACGAGAGCGUGAUGACUAUCUCAACGAGCAGAUCAACGAGGCCAAUCUGGCACUCUCGAGGUUCAAGGCCACAAGAAUGCAGACUCAGGAAGGCAUCAAGGACGACGAGCAGGCCAUCGAAGACCUUCAGCAAACUGUCAAUGACCUGCAGAAUCGCAUCAGUAAUCAAGGAGGCGCUGCUCGAGAUCUUGAGCAAGAGCUUCAAACCGCUAAGGAGAACAAGGACAAACUCAUGGACGAGCGAAAGGAGCUUUGGCGAACGGAUGCUAAAUUCACCGACGAAUUAAACACCGCACAAGAACAGCUGAGAAGGGCCGAACGAACUUUGUCACACAUGAUGGACGGUAACACUAGUAGAGGUUUGGAAGCUGUCCGCCGUAUUAAGCAGCAGUACAACCUCACAGGUUGUUACGGAACUCUAGCCGAACUACUUGAUGUUCCUGCUCACCAUGUCGCUAUUGAGGCUGUGGCUGGGAACUCAUUGUUUCACUACGUGGUCGAUACCGAUGAUACUGCUACCCGAGUGCUAGAUCAACUCAACCGAGAACGAUCAGGCAGAAUCACCUUUAUGCCUCUCAAUCGACUCAGACCAAAGACUGCAACGUUUCCGAACGCUAGUGACAUCCGACCAUUGACUGAUCUCAUGAAGUACGAUCCAAUGUACGAGAAAGCUGUCCAGCAGGUCUUUGGAAAGAGUAUCAUCUGUCAAAAUUUGACCGUUGCAGCUCAAUACGCACGUACGCACGGCCUUAGUGCUGUCACACCAGAUGGUGACCGAUCCGACAAGAAGGGCGCCCUCAGUGGUGGAUAUAUCGAUCAAAGAAGCAGUCGGCUGAAGGCUGUGAGAGCGGUUGUCGAAGCUCGCCAAAGAUUUGAGGAGGUCCAGGCCAAUGGUCACGACAUUAAACAGCGAAUAGACAAAAUUAAUCAAACCGUCACCAAGGCUCAUUCAGAAGUGCAGAAGCUUGAGCAGCGAUUGAGACAAGAACGAGAUGGUUCUGGUCCACUCAGGCAGGAGCUCCAGUCACAGCUGUCCUUACUGAACCGCAAGCGAGAAGAUGUCGAUGCGAAAAGAAAGCAAGAAUCUCUGAUUGCCAGCAGUGUCAAAGCACUUACAGAUCAACAGACUGCACAUCAAGCGGAGCUAAGCAGUGCCUUUAAGCAAGCACUGACUUCAGCUGAACAAAACGAGUUGAAUCGACUCACAACACAACUGCAGACUCUGCGUCGAGAAUACUCUGCAUUGGCUGCAGACUUGGCUGAGGUUGAGUCAAGAAAGGCUGAUCUCGAGGCUAAGCUCAACUCAAACCUGAGACCCCAACUUGCCAUGCUUGAAGCUGAUGAUGCGGACACAGAAGGCACGACCUCGAGUGCGCUCGUUUCCAAACAGAGAGAAUUGCAAAGACUGACCAAAUCGUUCUCCGACGUGGAAAAGCAGUUGAGGAAAGUAGACCAGAGCAUCGAAGAAAAGCAGAACAAUGUGGCUGAUUUGGAGACUCAGUUGAGUGAAGCCAAACAACGACAAGAAGAGCUGUCGAAGGCUAUUGAGAAAUCCCAAAGACGACUCGAAAAGGAACAACAGCUUCGACGAGACUUUCAAGAACGCAAACAAGCAUCUUUAGAAGCCAUCCGAGAACUAGGUCUUGUCUCGCAGGAUCUGCGUGACAAGUUCAGAAAUACGAACACGGACAAACUGGUGAAGCGACUGCAUAGACUCCAGACUAGCCUCAAGCAAUUCGAAGCAGCAGGACUGAAUCGUCAUGCUGUCGAGCACUACCGCAAGUCUCAAAGAUCCAAGGAAGAAUUGCAGACACGCAGGGCUGAACUCGAGAAAGCCAAGGAUUCAAUUGCACAAUUGAUAGAUACACUCGAAACACACAAGGACGAAGCUAUCGAACGCACUUUCAAACAAGUCAGUAAAGCGUUCGGCGAGAUCUUCCAGAAGUUGGUACCACAAGGUAGUGGCAGAUUGAUCAUCCGGCGAAAGCACGACAGACGAGGACAAGAGGAGGAAUCCGAUGAUGAAGGCGAGAGAGGUAGCGUAGAAGCAUACGUCGGAGUUGAGAUUCAAGUGUCUUUCAACAGCAAACACGAUGACCAACAGAAAAUCCAGCAGUUGAGUGGAGGUCAAAAGACUCUUUGUGCCCUAGCACUCAUCUUCGCCAUCCAAGAAACAGAUCCAGCACCCUUCUACAUCUUUGACGAAAUCGACGCCAACCUCGACGCACAAUACAGAACCGCCGUUGCCGACCACCUGCGACAUCUUUCAGAAAGAGCAGAUGAAGAAAGUGACGACGAGAGUGACGGAAGUGAAGAUCGUGACGAUAAGCCGAGAGGAGGUCAAUUCAUCUGCACAACUUUCAGGCCCGAGAUGUUGAGGGUGGCACAGAAGGUGUAUGGUGUGACUUUUGCGAAUAAUGUGUCGAGUAUUCGGGUUGAGAGCUUGGAGAAUGCGCUUGAUUUCGUGGAGAGUCAGACGCAGUGA